CUCUGCUCCUGCUCCACCCCCAGGCUCCUGAGUCCAUUAUCAGCUUAGGAGCAAAGACAUCUGCUGCCGGCAGAGCCCGGAGCCCGCAGCAGCCUCUCCUCUCCCCUCCAUGGGGCUCUGAGCGGCCCCAGCGCGCACAGGGGCCCCCCCGGCCCCCCAGUUCCAGGGCACAAUGGCUCAGGACAUGACCGAGAAGGAGCUGCUGAAGAUGGAGCUGGACCAGCUGAAGAAGGAGGUGAAGAACGAGAGGCAGAUGGUCUCCAAGACGGGCAAGGAGAUCAAGGAGUACAUCGAGUCCAUGGCGGGCGAGGACCCGCUGCUCAAGGGCGUGCCCGAGGACAAGAACCCCUUCAAGGAGAAGGGGGGCUGCACCGUCAGCUGACCCCCGUGCCCCCCAGGACUGCCGGCAGGCUCCUGCUCCCCAGAGCCGAACCCUAGCGCAGUGAAAGGGCAGCACGAGGAGGAGGAGAAGGAAAAAAAAAGCAUGAACAAAGCAAAAACAAAAAAAAAAAAAACCAAAAAACCCAAAAGCGCCACCCCCGCCGCAGCUGAGCUUUGGUUUCCCACGAGCAAAAAAAGCAAAAUUUCUGCAUUUUCAGCAGCCCGAGCUGUGGCUGCUCCCAGGGAUCCCAGCUUUGUCCUUUAUCCCAAAAAUCCCACAGAUUCUGCCCCGGGGAUUCCAGCUGGGACGGGCUGGCAAGGAGGGAGAAGCCAGCAGCACCUCCGCCAGCUCUGGCUUCCCCCUCUGGAAAAGCCCUGGAAAAUCAGCGUGGAGCCACCCCUGAGCACGCAGGGCUGCGCUCCCGCUGCUCCCUUUUGGCUUUUUGGGAUAAAUUUAUCAAUUUAAUCCCCUGCUUGACAGAGAAAACCGCGAGGCACAGCCAGCUCCCGAAUUCAGUGGGCUGCGUUUGCUGGUUGGAGCCGUUUUGCUUUUUUUUUUUUAUUUUUUGAAAACCCAUUCCCAGGAUUAUUUUCCGUUUAAUCGCGGGGGAAAACUCUCCCAAAACUGCCCCAAGACCAUCGACCCCAAAGGAGAAGCAGCAAUAAUUUGAAUUCCUGAGUCCCUCGCGGCGCUGUCCCCAGCCCUCUCCCACUCCUCCUCUUCUCCCAGCCCGGUUAAAUCCCAAGGAAAUCCCUCUGGAUCCCUCCUGGAGCGGUUUUCCUGCCUCAGGGAUCCCUGCUCGGCCUCUCCACGGAGCAAAGGCGCUCGGGACACCCUAAAAACGGGAGGAGAAGACAGAAAAAGUGGAUUUUCCUCAAGCAGGGAGUCCCCCUGCAGCCAGAACCCCGCUCCCGGCACUCCCUGGCUCCAAAACACCCCAAAACACCCCAA